AUGGGUGAUUUUCAAGUGGUUGGAGAAAUCAAGAAGCUCAACAAUAAAAAUUACAACACGUGGGCGACAUGUAUGGAGUCUUAUCUACAAGGUGAAGAUCUUUGGGAUGUCAUCGGCGGUAAUGAAGUUACACGGCCUAAAGAGGACACCAAUGGCACUUUGCGUAAGUGGAAGAUUAAAGCAAGUAAAGCUAUGUUUGCCCUAAAGACCACAAUUGAAGAAGAAAUGUUGGAGCACAUAAGAAAUGCCAAAACACCAAAAGAAGCAUGGGACACAUUUGCAACACUCUUUUCAGGGAGGAAUGGCACAAAUCCUACUUCUGCUAUUGUGGAUUCCAGGAUAAAAAGAAUAAUUAUUCAUGGUUUGAGACCCGAAUACGAAGACUUCAUUGCCACUGUUCAAGGAUGGCCGACUCAACCAUCACUUGUUGAGUUUGAAAAUUUGCUUGCCAACCAAGAAGCUAUGGCUAAGCAAAUGAGAGUGGUCUCACCAAAAGGGGAGGAGGAAACGUUCUACACCAACAAAAGUAAAGGUAGCUUUAAGUAA